AUGCCGAAGCCCAAGCAUUACGAGAACAUACAGAACUCAGUUCACUCAGCAUCUACUUCACGAGGUGCAGCACAAUCUUCAUCAACAACUGAAUCAGAACCUUCACAUUUUCAUGAUACACCAUUACCUCAUCAACUACUGAAUCAGAAUCUUCGCCAACAACGGCUGACUUCAUUUCUUCAAUCGAUACCACGGCGGACUCCUUCAGUUCAGGAUUCAGCACAGCCAACUCCAUCAGUUCAGACCACAACGCAGCCGAUUCCAUCAGGUCAAACCACAACGCAGCCGAUUCCAUCAAUUCAAACUGCGUCACAGUCGAAACCACCUAAAAAGUCUAGUGGACGUGAGUCUAUGUCACAUUGGACGGUAGAUGCAAUUGAUUCACAAGGAGCUAUCAAGAAACUCAAACUGAAGAAAACAGACGUGUUCAAUCUAUCUAAUGGAGAACGUAUUGUGGUUGAUUUUGACGACUUAGAUUCUCCUAUUGGCGAAGGACAAGGCAUUCUUGCAGGUUUUUGUGAAAUCUUAGCAAAAGACAGCUCCAUAUUUCCAGUUCACUUUGAAAAAUGGUCGGAUUUACCUGCAGCAUACUUCAACAAUUGCUUUGAUCAAUUUAUAAAGCCGCGAUUUUGUUUUAGGACCAGCGAGUCAAAUGCAAGGCGAUAUGCAUAUACUUCGAUGUGUAAGAAGUGGGGUGCAAGAAGGCUAAAGUUGUUUAAUGCAAUUGAUAACCCACUUAAGAGCAGAGAUCAGAUAAGAGCUGAGACAAUUAAUAAAGUUCCAGAUGGGAUUCCACGGGAUCAAUGGAUUUCUUAUGUUGAUUACCGCCUUAAAGAAAAAACAAGGGAAAUGUGCAAAAGAAAUGCUGAAAUUCGGAAGACACAAACCAUUUCACACAUCGGUGGCUCCAAACCCAACUUCAGAAGAAGGGCUGAAAUGGUGAAUGUUUUUGCUUCAUUUUGGAUUACUUGA